AAUCCCCUUCUUUGCGAAGCAAUUCUCUGAUUAAACAUAUCUAGAGUGGCAAUACAAAGCAAAUGAAUGUUUGAUAGAUUGGAUACAGCGUUGCUUUAUUGACUGAGAGUAAACAACGGGACUUUGAAGGUGGUGAGGGGAAGUUUAGGGGAAGAUUUAUAAGACGUUAGACGUCUUCUGGAACUGAACUUAUUCUCUUUGUAACGUAGAAAGUUAUGUGUGGGCUUUCUACGUGCAGUUUCCAACAUGAAACGACUGUAAUACCGACACCUCUACUGGCUGCAGCACGUCCGUCAAAAAGGAGCUGGAAAUGCUAGGAUGUCCUCCGUUGAUCUACAUGUAAUCUACACUACUUCUGCAAUGCUAACAUCUAUCUCAUCACACAUCGUCCAAGAAAUACAUUCAUAAUGUUAAAAAGAAAGUACUUGUAAUCUCAGAAAAAUAUGGUUUAUGCAACUCCGAUCAAAAGCUUAUUGCUAAUAUCUAUACAACUUACUUGUGCAAAAAGCUGUUUGAAGCAAGAAACUUUAUUUAUGGGAGGGAAAUAAAUUCAUUUUAGAUGUGUUGGAAAAGUUCUAGAUUGUCCCGCCCAAGUUCUAGAAGUGUUCUGAGUUGAAGAAAACUGAACAUUGAAAAAUGGCUGGAUUGUUAUGCACUCUGUCUGUGCUGUGUUUGAUGGUAGCACAAGCAAUAGCCGUCAACUUGACUAUCUUUGACCCAGUUGUGCCACAAUGCAAAAAAGCAUCCACAUGUGUUCCAGUUAUUAACAGUACUUGUCUGGGCUCAGCUAUAGAUCAUUCGUUUACUUCAUUGGACCUGGCCAAUGAUUCCGUAACGCAGGAUGAUAUUCUAGCUAAUCUACGCAUGUGGGAAGGUCUGCAACUCGUACCGAAGUGUUGGGAAGUGAUCCAGCCGCUGAUCUGUGCUAUCUACUUGCCCAAGUGCGAGAAUGGACUGGUGGAGUUACCUAGUUACGAUAUGUGCUCCGUGACAAGGGGACCGUGCAGGAUUGUGGAUAUAGAACACGGGUGGCCAGACUUUGUUACUUGUGAGGAAAGCCGUUUCCCACCAGACUGUGAUAAUGUGUACAAGACGAUCACCUUCAAUACUACCGGUGAAUGUGAACCACCGCUAGUUGUGACUGAUAAUGAGAAGAGUUGGUAUGAGAAUGUAGAAGGCUGCGGGAUCCAGUGUCGUAAUCCUCUCUAUACAGACGAGGAACACGCCCAAGUUCACACCUUCAUCGCUAUCUUUGCUAGCGUCUGCGUUAUCUGCACAUUCUUUACACUGGUUACAUUCUGUGCGGAUUGGAAGAACUCCAGUAAAUACCCGGCUCGUAUUCUGUUUUACAUGAAUGGAUGUUUUUUUGCGGGGGCCGUUGGUUUCUUGGCCCAGUUUCCGAGUGGAGCCAGAGAGGACAUCAUAUGCAGGAAAGAUGGGACCAUGCGUCUCGCUGAACCCAGUGAAGGAGAGAAUCUAUCCUGCACCAUCAUCUUCAUCUUAGUCUACUACUUCAUCAUGGCUGGUGUCAUUUGGUUCGUCUGCUUAUCAUACUCCUGGCAUCUCUCAUUCCGUUGUCUUGGAACGCCUCGCCAAGCCCUCGUCGGCAAGACCAGCUUCUUUCAUCUCUUAGCUUGGAGUCUGCCGUUUGCUCUUGUCGUUAUUAUUCUGGCUUUGAAUCAGGUUGAUGGUGAUUCAGUCUCGGGUAUUUGCUUUGUGGGUUAUCAGAACCAUUAUUACCGAGCAGGGUUCGUCUUGGUUCCCAUUGGUAUUAUGCUGACUGUCGCUGGCUUCUUCCUCAUGAGUGGUCUUAAAACAUUGUGUACAAUUGACAGAGACAACCCAGGGCUGCUAAGUGACAAGGCUGCUCAUCGUAUCAAGGGAACAAUCAUUCGAAUUGGUGUUUUUGCCAGUCUUGCAUUCCUGUUUGUCUUCAUCACAUUUGCCUGUCAUCUUUAUGAUUUCACCAACCAAGAAUCAUGGAGAAAAGGCUUCCAGGACUAUCUUGUAUGUGAAGCCAACGUGACGUUUCUGAGUGGUCUAUCCAAGAAACCUAUCGAGUCAUGUUCACUCAACUCUCGUCCUCAUAUCAGUGUGAUUAUGGUACAUCUGUUCUCUAUGUUUGGGGCUGGGAUUGCCAUGAGCAUGUGGGUAUGGACGCCAUCAUCACUCGCCAUCUGGAAACGGACAUGGAGAAAAAUCACACGCCAAGCCAUCAAUGAGCCUCAGAAAUUGAAGAAGAGUCGAAUGAUUGCUAAGGCCUUUGCUAAGAAGCUGGAGAAUAAGAUGGGUGAUAACGAUGAUGCGUUAUCAGUCAGCUUUGAGUCUGCAUCUCAUGAUGAUGCCAUCGGUAUGAAGUUGGAUUUACCCAAGUCCAGUGCAACAGAAGAUUCUUCCUCUGUGUGGGGAGGGAAUAACGUCCCAGCCAGGAUGUUGAUGAGACGAGGGGGCGGAGCUUUACCCCUCCCAGUCUUUGCAACCAAUUCAAGCUCCCCAAGACAAACACCAGAUUCUGAACUUGGGAGUAGACCACCUACUGCUGCUAACCGUAACCUCGUUAAAGCAGACGUCGUCAUCGAACCUCCACCGCCUAACAUGCGCAAAGCACGACGCAAACGAAAAGACCGCGCUCACAAAACUAAUCUCAACCUUCGUCGUCCGAGCGGACUGGAAACACCAAUGGAUGAUAAUUUUCUGGAUGACGACGAAAAUUAUACAGAUGCCUUGAAUUAUUAUCAACGGAAAGAUAGGAAUUCAAUUCCAGGAGAGAUUUGCAAUUUGGGAGAAGUGCCGCCUCUGAAAUCCAGCGUUCCAAAGCUCCCAGCCAUUAAAAGGAAAAAACAGGUGACUAUUAUGGCUCGUCCCGUGGAGUACGACCUCCCAGGACCAAGUACAAUCUCUCUAGAUUCUGUCGUAUGAUUACCAGAAUAAAUUUUGGACCAAGUGCCUUGAAAGUUACAUUCUUUCAGUCUCUUCAUUAGGUUUAAUUGGUAGAUGUUCAUAAAGGGAAUUCAUUAGAAAGCAAUUUUCUCUUAAAGGCAGUGGACACUAUUGGUAAUUACUCAAAAUGAUUGUUAGCAUAAAACCUUUCUUUGUGACG